AUGCUGCACCCCAUGCCGGUGUCUCUCGUCGACGUGGUUAUUCGUGUCAAGUACACCCCUCAGAAGGCGGCGCGGUUGACUUCGAACGAAGUGGCCAGUCAUGUUGUUAGGAAAGAUCUUGCCGAGUUGGGUUUUCCCUACCCGAAAGUCGUUAACUGUUAUAAAGAGAGCGAGGACAUGGUUCUGGGUUUCUGGCCUGAUUUGAAUUAUGGCAGGGCCGCGACAGGCGCUGGCGUAUUGGCGUCAAUAAAAAAACGACUCGUGGAUCUGACCCAAGAAGAGAAAGCGGCGCAGUCUAUUGUUAUGAUUAAGGCUUCGGUAGUGGCUAGUUCCAAAGCAACUCAUCGUCGGCCCCGUACUAGAGCUUCCCCUAUUCCCGAUCGUCGCGAGGCCGCCCCCGUUCCUCCACCUCGUACUAGAUCCGCUUCUCCUCCCCCGCGUCCAGCCCCUACAUCAGUCAACUCCUUUCCUGCCCCUUUCGGUCCGUACACGAUCAUCCGGAAUGCUGGUCAUGAAGAAACACCCACCCGUCCGCGCAUUGUCACAAUCGACAGGCGUCUUCCUCAUGCGGCAGAACCGACCCCUUCGGGCACAUCAACGAUCAUCCGGCGCGUUGGUCAUGAAGAAGAGCCCCUCCGGCGGUCCAUACGCAUCAAGCAAAACGAACAUAUACAGAAUUUGGACAAGUCAUUGGCAGCUCUACGCAGGCUGAGUUCCACUAUCGCUGGGACAGAACCUCAGGCCACAACUUCUGUGCUACCUCUUGCUCCGAGUCAGCCGCCUGCAGCUCUUCCUGCCGCCGUUCCUUCUGCACCCCGAGCUGCCGCAUCUGCAGCCAAUGCUAUACCGCGCACAGUAGAGGGCCGGUCGCAGGCAGCGGAAAUUGCGCGCUUGACGCGGGAAUUGUGGGAUACCAGGCGCCAGGCCACCGCAGCCAACGCCCGCUCGAUGGUGCUCGUAGAGGAGCUUGCCAAGUUGGGCGCUUCCAAACUUCCACAAGUAAGGGUGGCUGCAGAGGACCUGAAUCGCAACGACGUCGCCGCUAUCGAAGCGACGCUCCGCGAGGAGAUCCGGUUGCGUAAGCUGUCCGAGGCGCGACUGCUCGAGGAGCAGGCGAGGAGAGAGGAUGCAGAGCGCGCGCUGCGGGACGUCGAGAGGGAGUGCAGGGAGCCCUUUAUCGUCCCGGCUUUGUUGCGCGCGUUCAUGGAUAUAUCGAAGUUGAGCGAUGAGUCGAUGACUAAAGGUUUGUCGCCGUAGAGGUUUCGGGGUUUUGGUUACAGGUUUUUAUGUACGACUACCGGCACGUUUGGGUUAUGGAGUCGCGGGGAUAUAUUGUGGAUAUAAUGUUAUUGUUUCUUUC